UGCAAAACAGCUGAUAGCUCAUCAUAAAAAAGACGCUUGAUUUUUGUUAGUAAACUAACGAAAAAACAAUAUAAAUUGCACACUAGAAACAUAAAAAAUGUCUUCAGCUAUAUAUUUAGAAAAUUAUUUAGACGGCUUGGAAUCGCUGCCCACCGAGCUAGAACGGAACUUCAAGUUGAUGAGAAAAUUGGACGAUCGGGCGCAAACGGCUAUGAAAAGCAUCGAUAGCCAUGCGAAAGACUUCAUGCGCAAGCUAACCGCAGAGAAUGGAGCAAUGAGCGAGGAAGAGCGCAAGGAGCGUCUAGAGGACAUUAAGGCGCUGUUUGGCAAAGCCAAGGAAUACAGUGAUGAUAAAGUGCAGCUGGCCAUACAAACCUAUGAGCUAGUGGACAAACAAAUCCGAAGACUUGACAACGACUUGGCCCGCUUCGAGGGAGAGAUCCAAGAGAAGGCCUCCUCAACACGCGCCAAAUCCGAAGAAGUGGUCGCCAAAAAGGCUGGCCGUAAAAAGACCAAAGAUGGCAAGGCGACGGGUAAAAAGAAAAGGCCAGCCUCCUCGGAUGAGGAAACUGGGCGCGGCAAUCAAUCGAACAGCGGCAGCGGGGCUAAUCUAAAUGCUAGCAGCAGUGCUGGUCAAGGUAGCAAAAAGAAAAAGUCCAAGGUAAAUCAAGAAAAAGAAACCCGCAAGGGGGCAGCACAAAAGAAAGCCGUGGAUGUGGAUGACUCGGAAAAGGAUUCUUGCCACACGGCCGCCACACAUCCCAGCGACGUCAUGGACAUGCCUGUGGAUCCCAAUGAGCCAACAUAUUGCCUGUGCCACCAAGUAUCGUACGGCGAGAUGAUUGGCUGCGAUAAUCCAGAUUGUCCCAUUGAGUGGUUCCACUUUGCCUGUGUCGGCCUUACCACGAAGCCGAAGGGCAAAUGGUUUUGCCCCAAGUGCACGCAGGACCGUAAGAAGAAGUAGACAACGUUAACGGCAGCAGCAGCUACUAUGUAAAUAAUAUACAUAUACGGCCAAUUAGUAAAUAGUUUAGCAUAAGUAUUGUGUACUUUAAAUAAAUAACUUUCAAUUUCAUAUAAA